AUGAACGCUAGCACUGAAGCUAAGUAUCCUCUUCAUGAGGCUGCUCGAGAGGGAAAAAUCUCCACGGCCGAAUCUCUCUUAAGCGCAAAUCCCAAGCUCGCUGCCACCAAAGAUGACGAUGAGCGUCUUCCCAUCCACUGGGCUGUAGCCUACAACCACCUGCCGAUUGUGGAGCUUCUCAUCUCGAACAAGCACUUUGACCCCGACGUCGAGGAUGGAUCCGGCUGGACUCCCUUGAUGAUUGCAGCUAGCUUGAAAAACGCCGAAGGAGAUCCCAUAAUUGAUCUCCUGCUGAAGAAAGGUGCAGAUGUCAGCGUUAAGAGCUCGUCCGGACAGAACGCCCUUCACUUUGCGACCUCCAAAGCCAACCUCUCCACUGUCCGCACACUGAUUGCCAACAAAUGCAGCGCUCGGGUCAAGGAUAGACGCGGCCAGCUCGCGCUUCAUCGGGCUGCGGCUAUCGGUUCCACGCCCAUUAUCAAAGUCUUACUCGAGGAUGGCAAGAGUCCUGUCAAUGCGACCGAUAUCGACGGGCUGACGGCGUUGCAUCAUGCGAUCUCGGAGGGACACGGCGAUGCGGCGAUCACGCUACUCAAGGCCGGUGCGGAGGCAGACAAGAGAGAUUCCAGCGGGAUGCUGGCAAUCGAUAUGGCACCGGAUAACAAGGUCCGAAGCUACAUUUUACAAACGGCUGAGAGAGAGGGGAUUGAUUUAUAGGGUUGCGGACUAAAGAUGCGGUGGGGUUUAAAAAAUGUCCGAGACCAACAGAUCCUCAAUAAAUAAUUAGACUGGAUACCCGGAGUCUUUUCCAGGCUCAAGACUGUUUCAAUGAUUCUUUUCAACAAGCAGACAUGCAUCACAUAACAUCGUCUAGAGUGAUCUAGCCCGGAGAAAAGACUCUAUGUACAAAGGGAAAGAUCUCAGCAGUAAAACAGGGCGGGGUACAUAGAGACAAUAGCCUCAUUUCAUCGUACUGUCGACCAACUCGCGGUAAAUCUUCUUGAGAUCGGCAAUAUCUGCCUCCAAUUCCUCCACCUGCUCGCUCUUUUCUCCCAGCAUUUCGAGGGUUGUCUGGUACCGCUGGUCGAGCUCAUCAAGCCGCUGUUCAAGCUCGUGCACACGUGUAUCAGAAGUUCG